AUGCGUCUUUUCUCCGUGCUGCAGAUUAGCAUUAGAAGAGGUCAAAUUCCUUCAGAAACAGCGCAGAGGAAAUUCGGAAUCCCUGCUCGUCCCGCUUCACAAUCUGGGUCAUCGAUCGCCAAGAAACUAACUGACAAGUGCUCGAUGCUUCCCUAUGUCUUCAUAACCAUUUUGCGAAGGCACGGGAGGGAGAAAGCUCAGGAUGAUUUCUACCAGUUCGUAUGGAUCGGCCGGCAUGGGUGGGUGGCUCGGAUUCCUUGCCUGGUGGUGAGAAACGAAUCGGCGGUUGAAGCGCGGACUGGAGAUCAUGGAGCCCCACCGCUUGCAGACGAGUUUGCACCGGCUGCUGGAUCUUGGGUCGGGGAGGCGAAUCAGGAUCUCUUCUAG